AUGACGCCAUAUUCUACGCGAUUUUCCUAUAUCAUGAUAGAAUUUUCGACAUUUUUUUGUCGACGUUUCACAUUGUCGACAUUUUUUUGUCGACAUUUUACAUUGUCGACAUUUUUUGUCGACGUUUUGCUUUCGACAUUUGUCUACCAAAUCGAUCCUAAAAGAAAUAUCAUUAUUUCGUUCGUUAGACAACUUGAACUCGUUUUCUAUUUAGUUUUUGAUCAAAAAACGAAACAGACAAAAAUCGCGGCCAAAGUUGCUCGCCGUUGGGCACAACUAAGUAAAUCGCCUCAGUUACCGCCAUGUGAACAAAUUUCUGUACUAUUUCCAAACAUAUUCAAAAUAACAUCUCGCUCUCUCGGUGAACUUCUCGCUAUACGAACACUCGAUAUAUUUAAAGUGAAUGAACAAUUUGCGAAUGUUUACCUACGAGCUGACUGCAGUUUUGUCGAAGAUCUGCCAGAGAAUAUCACUACCACUCAUAUUACCACGGCGAUUAAUACACAUAAUGGCGGUCAGUACGACCAGCAAACAGUAUAUGUUCAGUAA